UUUCCAUUGUGGCGUGACAUUUUAACCACCCUGUAUUUCUAAAAUAAACUGGGUGAAGAUGACCCAUAUGUUAUCAAAUUGGCAUAAAGAUUCAAACGUUGCUAGGCAUCAAAUUCCAGACAAACCCCGACUUCCAAAAUUUUAAAUAUUCCAAAACCCAAUUAAAAAUUAAGCAAUCCUGCCGUAAAAUUCAAUCAUUCCCGUAUAAUCCACUCCCCCCCACAAAAUUGGCAGUUUCCCAAUAAUCCCCUUCCCGAUGGAGGACCGCAAAAUCCUCUCGGGCACCACGACCAUCCCCUCACCCUCCCCAAAACCAGACAAAGAUCGCACCCGCCCCCGGAAAAAUGAAGGAACUAAAAGCAGCACAAAGACAAAAGCGACGACCAGCUCGUCCGUCUCGGGCGCGACGUCCGUCUCCUCCUCGACCACCAGCGCCCCCUCCGAACCCCGAAAAGAUUCCAUCAGCGAAACCAUAAAACGCGUCUCGGAGGAACAUCCCCCCGCAAAAAAUCCACUCGGCUACUCCGCCGCCGUCAUUGCGGCGCUUUGUUGCGCCGGCGCUGCGGUAUGCAUGAUCAUUUUAAUCUUCUGUUUCCUCCAGCUCAUCCCAAUGGCGGCCAUAAUUGUGGGCGCGGUGUACGCCAAUCAGAACAAGUACUGCCCAGGCGCGGACAUUCCGACCCUCUUGAUUGUGGGCGGGGUCCUCCAAACGUUGCAAGUCAUCCUUUCCGAAGCAUUCACGGUCCACACGACGAUCAAAAAGUUGGCGAUGAUUGAAAUCGACACGGAAGCGGAGGGGUCACUGGACGCGUCGUCGUCAAAUAAGUCGACGAUGACGACGAGUUCGAGUAAACUUGCCGGCGGCGGCGGCGUUGCAGCGGAAUCACUGCCGAUACGGACGAAUUCUUCAAAUCAGGAGAAUGAAAAGGGACACUCGGUCAAAUCUCGCAGCGUUUCUGUCGCUUUUCUCCCGAACGCAUCGUCAACCCAGCCGACGACCAAGAUGGCGGUGGAGAUCGUGGUCGUGGAGAAGAAGAGGGACAAUCUUGGGACGUAUUUCCACAUGGCGAAUACUAUUUUAACGGUGGCGAAUGUGCUCUGGUUUUUUGCGGCGAGUAUCAUCGUUUACAAGCUUGAGUCGAAAUUGAACACGAAACCGGAAUAUCAGUGUAACGAGGGUCUGUACUGGUUUGCCUUUUGGUACAUCACUUCCUUCUACAUCGUCUUGGCUAUCGUGCUCAUCGGCGUGGUCAUGUUCAUGUUCAGUGGGCGGCUGGUGGGGUGGCUCUUCAAAAAGUGGGAUGCUCAGCAAGCUCACGAUCAGAAUAAUUAGACACGUGUAGAGAGAGACUGAAUUCUUCUAAAUUUUUGUGUACUUUCGAAUGGAAUAAACAAUUGAAUGUAACCUUGCUUUAUUGUUUAAUUGCUACACAUUUUUCAUCUUUUCUAUUAAAAUAUUAAUCCAUCAAAGACUGAUCAAGUACAAUUAUAAAUUUGAGAUAUUUCCAUAUUUGUAUUAACAUAGGACUCGAUGCCUCAUCACUAAAAUCGUCAAAAUCAACAUAAAUAUUUUUAGUGAUUUCUCGACUCCGGGAAUUUAUUUUAAAAUCUUGGUUAAUUAAUAAAAUGAAGGUAAGAUUUUAAGUUACUUUCGAAUUCUAAUUUUUCUGAAAACUUAAACUUGAGUGAGAUGUCCUCAUUCAAAAACUAUUAAAAUCUGGAGUGUGUAUUUUUUAAUUGGCGACGACCUGUCGUCCAAUUUUCUGAAUUUUUUUUCUCUCUGUUUCUCUCUGAAUAAAUUUCUAGAGUCGAGAGGUGAUUUAAAAUGUGCUGAUUUUGACGAUUUUGACGAUGAGUUCUACGUUAAAAAAAUGUUCACCUUAAAAAAUGAAAAUAUAAAGACAUGAACUCGCAACCCCAAACCCAAUACCCCAAACACGCCACUUAAUUAUCGGAAUUCCCCACUUUGAAAUUAAUUCUCAAGUUUCACUGGAACAACGCAACUCGUCCGUCCCAAUGCUUGAACUACAUCCAUCAAGAAAUGCGACAUACAUAAAUUGCGCCGACAAUUUUACAACCUCCCAAAAGUCGAAUCAAAAGUCUUGUGCGGAAUAAUUGGUACAAACAAAGUUUAAUUCUCUCUCUAAGUACACCCAGCUAAACUAUUUCUUGACUAACUGCCGCAUGCCAUGAUGCCACGAGGCUGUGUGACAAAGGAGGAAAUUUAUUGUGGAGAGCAGAAGCAGUAAACCAAACCACGGGAAAGAAAGUGUUAAGCCAAUAACCGACCUCAUCUUGGUAACAUGUCCCCUAAAGCACGUUUCUCGUUUCCUUCCUGCGACUUUCUCCGUCUAAUCCACUCCUCCUCAACAUUCCAGAUUUAUCCGAGUCAACUUUCCUCGUUGAAUUGUUACAUCAUUCUCCUCACCCCACUCUUCAUAAGAUGGAUUAGAAAGCUCAUUUUCCGCUGGAAUGCGUCUAAGUGGAGUCAUUAACUAUCUAUGUGGGGUGUGUGUGUGGUGGUUUCCGAGUCGGGAUGAAUUUAGGAAUGAAAAAAGCAGUGGUUUUAAAUUAUUUCCCGUCUUUUACAUAUUUAUCCUCUCUCAAAACGGGUGUCAUUUACAGUGGCGUAUCAUCUGCUGUACGACUCAAUUCACUUCACUGGCGUAUGUACAUAUACGCUUUGUUUAGCAUGCUUAUCUUAUAAUUAGUACAUAUGCACCAAUACUUUGAAUUAAAUACUUGAAAGUAAAUUAGUGAAACUGCGUUUGACAACAACGCGUUAUGAAAUUUGUUGUUCGUUAUGUACAUAAAUAUACGUGUGUACCUUCAGCGAUAUCAAAUUCCUCCAUAUCCUGUCAAACGCAGAUUCUUUAAUUGUUUUCGAUUCGAUGGAUAUGCAAUCGUGACAGGUAAACUGAGGCAGAUUUAAUUACUUAAGAGUUCUAUCCUACAUACUUAGGAACACACUAAAAAUAUCUGGUGACAAACGUGGCUAUUAUGCUUCCGCUUGGUGAUAGACUGUCACCGAGCUGUCCCCACGUGGUGAUUCCCACGCCGUAACCGAGCAGUAUGAAAUUAAUAAUAUGAUAUUAUCACCAUCCGGUCCUAGUCACAUAUUCUCACCGAUCGGUGAUAAUCCGGUCGUAAAAUUUCUUAGAGUGUAGACAAAUGUCGAAUUAUUGUACAUAUUUCGCUAAACUUUCUUCCAUCCAAACAAACUGCAUGCAUGGAAUGGGUUUGACAUUUACAUUAAAGUUCGAAUCUACAAUAACAAUAUGUUCCCAUUAAAUUGAUAAGUAAAUGAUAUUGUGGGGAUUUGUGUGAAUGAACUCGUUGGAUGGAAAUGUUGCCGUAGGUGACCGUGGAAGCAGGGGAUGAAUGAGUGGUGGAUGAGUGUUGGAGAUGAGAAUCAGUCGUGAUGAUGAGCACAAGUUAUCACAAUCAAAAUAGUCACAUUUACUUCAGUUAAAAAUAUAUUGAUGUACAAAUUGGGGCGAAAUUGAGACUUGUGGACUUGAGUAACAAAGUGACGUGGUCAAGGUACGUACAAAAAGAGAAUGACAGCGAGGAGGGAGAAAUGACCUCCUUUUAUAGGAGACUGCUCAAGG